AUGCGAGUUGCUAAAUUGGUCGAUGUUGUAGUACUAUGCGAGUCGCUGAAUAGUAAGGGUGAAGGAAUCGUUUUCCUGUAUGUGGAUUUGGCUUUUGCAACAUUGACUGCAGAAUCUACCAAUGGAAUGUGGACUCUAGACUUACAUCAUGGGGGAUGGUUUGAAAAUUGGGUUUAUAAAAAGGGUAAGGUCUAUUAUUUGGACAAUAUUGUAGAGGAUUUUCUGUCCUUGUUAGAUUUACUAAAAAUUGGGAGAGGUCUUGGGUAUGAUGUUGACAUUUAUCAAGUUGAGCAAAGUUUGGAAAUUAGGUGUAGAAAUGUUGAGGGUGGACUGGAGCUUGUUACAUCAUAUGCUACAGUGGUUGAAAUGGUUGGUCACAUACCAUCCAAUAAGAAUUACCAAGUGAAAGAGGUAGCUUAUAUUGAAGAUGAGGAGAUUUUUGAGAAUGUUGGGACAAAAGUUGCAAAUGAAGAUGCGGUCAAAGAGGUACCAAAUGAAGAUUCAUGGGCAGAAUUACCAAAUGAAGAUGUAGGGGCAAAUGUGACAAUUGAUGAGGAAGGGGCAGAAUUGCCAAAUAAAGAAGAAGAUGAGGUUUCAGAAAUUAAGGACAAUGAUUAUGAGUUCAGUGAAAAUGAGGCAGAGGUCAGGCCAACUGUUGGAGAGAAUGUAGCAAAUAAGGGGCCUACUCAUGGGGCUCCAGGAAAGGUGUCAUCAGAUGGUGUUAACACAUCAGAAUUUGACACUGGAAGUGAGACUGAAGAUGAGGGGAAGUGA